AUUCACGUGUUUGGAGAAAAAGUAGUCGAAGCGAAUAAAUUAGCUUACUGCAGCGAAUUUCAUAAUUUAUAACUUAAAAUGUCACUAAUUGUGGUCGAGGACGAUUCGAGCGAUGAGAUAGCGUCAAUGUCUGAUGGCGAGCAAGGCAAACAUGUACUUGAAAACAAGAUUAAGAAUAAACCGAGCGCACAAGAGUUGACUAUGGAUGAGAGAUCUUACGACGAUGCAGAGACUAUGUCUACCGCGGAUAAUAAUGAUGAUGAAGAAAAACCCCUGUUAGAACUAAUGAAGCAUUUAAUAAACUACAACGGCAAGCAGAACACCAAGCUGACGAACAACCAGCUCGUCGGCAUCCUCAAGAAGGAGUUUGACUUGGACCCCGCCAACCUGCACUUUAUCUGUGUGGACAUAUAUAUGAACGUGCUAAAGAAAUUCUUGAAGGAUUGGCCGCAGUGGGAUGAAUUUGAUCAGGCAAUGCAUGAAACCCGCUGUAUGGAUGACCACGAAGAGAUUGAAAAAAUGCUGGACGUAGAAUACACAUCCCUAAAGCAAUACCUCUCCACCAUUUUGAAAGCGACUGAACGUUUCGCCAUAGAAGCGGCCCAGAAACUAAAACAUAGCCAAGAAAUCCCCGAAACCAGCAAAGCGGUCCCCGGCGACGUUGUCCUAGAGAUAAAUUGCACUAGAAAUGAAUUAAAUAAACUAUUCUUUAGAAAACCACAUCCGCACUACAAAAGCUCAAUAUUUAAUAUAAAUUCUUACGUACCAUCAAAAAUAUAUAUUAACCAACAGUCUUUUCAGUCCAUGCUGAAUUCCUGCUAUGUUAAUAUUUUUAUAAAUAUGGCCUGUUUUAAAUAUAAAAGAGAAAUACUGCCGAAUUUCAAACAUAAACUAAUAAAUAAAAAUUUAAGACGGCUGCAACGGGAGCCUAAAUUAAACACUCAUUUGCAAUCAUUCAAAAAUACUAAACCACAAGGGGAUGUAGGGAGAAAAGACUUGAAAUUAGUUAUAGAGAAAAUACAGCGGUCCAAUAGAUACAACAUAGAGCAACAACAGGAUGUAGAUACGAUAUUAAAAACUAUUAAUGAAGAUUUGCAUGUGUUGCCAGCGUCAUACAAUAAUGGCAGGGUGGAGAUACCUUGUACAUUUAGAUUUCAUAUGGGCAAAUAUCCAUAUGUGAGACAUUUAUAUGAAGAAGUUGAUACUGAAUCGGAGAAGUAUGAUUUGCAGUUGGAAGAGAAGAUUUCACCGAUGCUGUUGUUUCAUAUAUCCAGGUUAAGCCUGGUGACCAAGUUCACAAACACUGAUAGCAACUGGCUGCGGCUGGAAUGUUCUAUCUGUCAGAGGAAAUAUUACGGCGUCCACGGAAUAGAGGCACUGAAGGCACAUUUUAGGGAAGCCCAUCAAAACGAACCUAACUGGAGCUGCAGCCACUGCGACAAAGAGUUCUUAGCCACUCAGUUGGCUACCGCCAGGUGGCACCAUCAGUGCGAAAACAUUGAGGAACAUAAACUGUUUGAAAAUUAACUCGGGAAUAGAUUCCCAUUUGUACCAGGGACAAAGCAACAAGGAGUUUGCGACCACAUUGCUGGCAACCGCCAGGUGGCACCAUCAGUGCGAAAACAUUUAGGAACACAAACUGUUUGAAAAUUAACUCGGGAAUAAAUUCCCAUUUGUACCAGGGACGAAGCAACAAGGAGUUUGCGACCACAUUGCUGGCAACCGCCAGGUGGCACCAUCAGUGUGAAAACAUUGAGGAACAUAAACUGUUUGAAAAUUAACUCGGGAAUAGAUUCCCAUUUGUACCAGGGACAAAGCAACAAGGAGUUUGCGACCACAUUGCUGGCAACCGCCAGGUGGCACCAUCAGUGCGAAAACAUUGAGGAACACAAACUGUUUGAAAAUUAACUCAGGAAUAGAUUCCCAUUUGUACCAGGGACGAAGCAACAAGGAGUUUGCGACCACAUUGCUGGCAACCGCCUGGUGGCACCACCAGUGCGAAAACAUUGAGAAACACAAACUGUUUGAAAAUUAACUCAGGAAUAGAUUCCCAUUUGUACCAGGGACAAAGCAACAAGGAGUUUUAGCUAAUAUUAUAACCGGAUUAACCGGAACUCUAUUUUCUACUCCUUCUGCUUAUAAUAUUAGUUGUAAAUUGUUGAGCAAUACACUUUUCGUCAGUCGCGACACAAGUGACAUCUAGUGUCGAGUAGCAGUACUGAUAAUUCCGCUACUUGACGCCAGAUGUCGACUACGAAAAUAAUGGUCUUUUUAAUAUCAGAACUGAUGUAUGGAGUGAGCACUCUGUCUACUUAAUUCUCUUUGCCCAAAUAGAAUCUUGUUAGAGUUUAGCAGCGCUUCAAGAAUUACGGAAGUUUUGUGAUACUUUUUGUGAUAAAAAGAAGUCAUCAAUGGGGUUUGCAACUGUCAAAGGUUUGAAUAGAUGGCGCCAUCAUAGCUUGCCCCUUUCUCUAGUUUGGUUCUAUGAGAUUUGGCUUAAAGGGCUCUAGUAUACAGGCCAUAAAGUAAAAAAAACCGGCCAAGUGCGAGUCAGACUGAAGUUGCAGGUUUGGAUCGAGAGUUGUAGUAGGUGGCGAUCACAAUAGAUCAGAGAUGGUCGCAGUGAUACAUAGGCUCUGGAGCCUUACAUAGCCCCUAGAAAAAGAAGAAGAAGAGUCAGACUCGCCCACCGUACUUUUUAGUAUUUGUUGUUAUAGCGGCAACAGAAAUUCAUCAUUUGUGAAAAUUUCAACUGUCUAGCUAUCACGGUUCAUGAGAUACAACCCGGUGACAGACGGACAAACAGACAGCGGAAUCUUAGUAAUAGGGUCCUGUUUUUACACUUUGGGUACGGAACCCUAAAAAGAAGAAUUUGACACAAUUCUAGGGAUUGACAGGGCAAGCUAUGCUGGCGCCAUCUGUAAAAUACUACUACCGGCCAACCCAAUUGCAUCCAUCCUUAUAAUUAUGAGUGUAAGACAUUAAUAGUAUUAGUUGAACGGAGUUCAUGAAUUUUAGAAAUAUAUAUUUUUGUACUUA